AUGGCGCAGUGGCAGAACCUGUUGAAGCUGGACUCUGCUCUCCAGAACCAGGUCCGGCAGCUAUAUGAAGGCCGGUUCCCCAAAGUAAUCCGGCACUGGGUCUCCAACUGGAUUGAGAAACAAGACUGGGAUUCUGCAGCUGUUGAUGAGAAUGCAGCGAGAACUUGUUACCAGGCUUUUUUGGACAACUUGGAGGAACAGUGGAACUGUUCUGUCCAGGAGAACAACAUCCUGCAGGCGCCGGAUUUUAGGUGGAUGAAGGACUAUUUGGUGGAACAUUUCCAGGAUGAUUGGAUGAACUUGGCUAGAAUUUUGUCAGACUGCCUGAAGGAGGAGAGGAAGAUCCUUGAUUCAGCUACUCAGAGCUGCAACGAUAAGUCGGCCAUGCCUCAGAAGUGGGGACAGUUGGACAGCAAAGUCUUCGAUCUAAAGAGGAAGAUAUUGGAGCUGAAGAAGGAGAUCAAAACGCUGGAGGGUCGGAACGAAAAGCUCGACUUCAUCCAGAAAACCUGGCAAAGCAACGUGGAGCAGAAUACUGACCUGGCCCGGAUCCAAGCUAAAAUGGUGGAGGAGGGAUGUAACAAACAAACCAUGUUAAUCACACAAGCAAAGCAGACUGUGCUGCAGCAGUUGGUGAACAUUUUGAAUGAAAUGGCCCAAACUGUGGCAACGCUCACCAACGAGGAGCUUCCUGAGUGGAAGCGCAGGCAGCAGCUGUCCUGCAUUGGAAGUCCAGUGGACACCAGUCUGGAACUCCUCCAGAAGUGGUUCACGGCUGUUGCUGAGGUGCUGCUCGGAGUCCGUGAGCAGCUGGAGAAGCUGCAGGACCAGAACAAGAAAUACAGCAGAGCCGACAUCUCUGCUCCGAUUGCAGAGCUCAAUAAAUUUGCCCUUUUUUUGAUCACAAAGCUUCUCACAAAUGCUCUGGUGGUGGAGAAACAACCCAUAAUGCAGAAUUUACCACAGCGGCCUCUCAUACUGAAGACCAGGGUGCAAUUCAAGGUUACCGUACGGUUUUUGGCAAACCUUCCUGAUUUUAAGUUUCUACUAAAAGUCAAACCUGUAUUUGACAAGGAUGUUGACGAAGCCAAGACUGGGUUUCGUCACUUUGACUUCACCAGGGACAACAGUAAGGUGUUGGAUGUGGACUCACCAGGUGGAGGCUUGGUGGCAGAAUUUGAGCACAUGUCACUCAAAGAAAAACUUAAACGAACUAAAGGAUUGCAUGAGAGUCCUGUUGGAGUCACUGAAGAACUCCACAUUUUACGAUUUGUGACAGUUUUGCAACUUGCUGGGCAGACGUUUAACAUUGAGGCUAGCUCCUUGCCGGUGGUUGUUGUCUCCAGUUCCAGUCAGGUUCCCAGUGCCUGGGCCUCCAUCAUGUGGUGGAACAUGCUGUCCACCAAUGGACCAAUGAACCUGUCGCUGUUUGCCGAUCCUCCUCCGAUCUCCUGGCAGCAGCUGUCACAACUUCUGAGCUGGCAGUUUUUGUCUGUCGGCCAGCGAGGGCUUGAUGAGGAUCAGCUUUCCAUGCUCAGAGACAAGUUUGUGGAUAAUCCUGAAGGUCUUGUGCACUGGAGCAAGUUCUCCAAGGAUGAAAAUGUCUGGAUUUGGAUCGACGGAAUCCUGGAUCUGAUUAAAAAACACUUGUCGGAUCUUUGGCGUGUCGGAGCCAUCAUGGGGUUCGUGAGCCGAUAUAGGACGAGCAUCCUGCUGCAGGAUAAACCGACCGGGACCUUUCUGAUCCGGUUUAGUGAGAGCAUCCAAGAUGGAGCCAUCACCUUCAGCUGGGUGGACCACUCCAGUGGAGACACACGUGUGCACGCCGUACAGCCGUACACCAAGAAAGAGCUGUCCGUUUUAUCUCUGCCGGACGCCAUCAACCGCUACACUUUGACCACCCAUGAAAAGAGCUUCAACCCUCUGAUGUAUCUUUACCCCGACAUCCCCAAAGACACGGCCUUCGGACGCUACUACAACGUCUCCGGACCUCCUACAACAAACAACAAGCUUAAAGAAUAUUUGGAAAGACAUCUUUCUAGUGUUUCAAUCAACCCAACCCCCCCUCCGUCUCCGCCCCGCGAGGUGGAGCCCAUGAAUGUGGACGGUGUGGACCUUGAAGACAUCAACCCAUCUAUAGACGAGUCAUUCUGCGAUUUACUCGAUUUCUUACACGACUACUCAUUUCAGUCCAAUCAGCUCCUUCUGCUGUCGCCUCGGGACACUUUUAACAAUCCCUGCUUCUCAUCCCAAACCUGA